AAAAUAACCAGCGAACAACACUUCGGAAUUAAAUGAUCACAAAACAAUCAACAAACCAACAAGCGCCAAGAAGAAGAACAAGAGCUACGUUGGCCAUCAAAUCUGUUGAUUUUAACAAAUUGUGGAUAUCUUUGGAAUACGACUUGGCACAAGUUUUAACUGACCCUUUAAAUGCCACACUUAAGAAUGACACGGAAAAAUUACAUAAUAUUGUUUACAAGUUGAGUACUGGGCAAUGUUUUAAUUUGCCAGAUGGUAGUAUUCUCUCCCAAAAUCCACACUCACCAUCAAUACCACAAGAUGGAGAUAUUCAGCCAUACACUCUGUAUUUCAUGUUGAAAAGAUUAAUUUCCAAUCACUUAAAAUUGUUCAUUUCAAAAUUGAACAACUUGACUGGAAUUCCUCUCUUGAAACAAUAUUUUACGUUAUGGAAUAAUUAUUUAAUCGCUUGCGAUUUUAUAAUGAAGGUUUUUCAUUACCUGAAUUCAGAUUGGAUUACAGAACAGGAGAUUAAGAGAAAAUCAAAAGCUAAUCAACCAGAAAAAUAUACAGAAAGAUCUGCAAAUCAAAUAGUCCAUUUCAGUGAGAGUAAUCAUGUAUGCAACACUAAACUGACAUGCUUACUAUUAUGGAGGGAAUGGUUUUUUGAAAGAUGUGAAAAUUUAUCAAAACCCCUAGGUUAUCAAGAGGCUGAUUCUCCACUAAUUGAAGAAAAGGAAGUAACUUUUGAUAAGUUUGGAUUUUAUGAUGUAAUAAUGAAAAUAAUAGAAAUGGAUAGGAAUUACAAUAAUCCAUAUUUAAAGAAUUCAUUUUGUGUGGAGGAAUUUUAUCCUAUUUUAAAAAGUGUAAUUGGUUCUCUGCUUUAUUUAAGUUUGGACUCGGAAGAGGAUUUUUAUUUCUCUGUAAAAUACAAAUACUAUCCAUCAAUGAAUUUAUUCGAAUCUCUCAACGUUCACAUUGAGGAUUAUUAUUCAAAAAUUUUAGAUCAAACCAUGACAUGGAAAUAUCCUAUUUUUUACCUCUAUGAUUUUGAAAGAAUAUUUCUGGAGACUUCUAAAAGGUAUUAUUGUGCUGAAAUUGAUUCGCUCCUUAUUACAUACCUAUCAGGAGAAAAUCAUCAUGAUUCUGUAAGAAAAUACAUUCAACAUGUAUCAGCAAGAUUGGAUCAAGAAACUAAUAAGAAUAUUCUUCAUUAUUUACCACAAAUUACAAGGGAUAAUAUUCAAAAGAUUAUGUGUGACCUAUUUAUUGAGGGUAUCAAGGAAAAUAUGUCAUCAUUGAAUUUUAUCUUGUCAGACAUAGAGGCUUGGAUCAAUGAACCAGAGGUAUACAAGGAUAAUUUAGAGCUUUUAUACAAAGUAAUAACGAAAUCAAAUAGAAAAAUAGCUCUUAAUGAGCUUGGAACAAGAAUUAGAAAUAGAAUACUUUUUUCUUUAAAUUCCGAUAUGAGAAAGGUAAAAAUGAUUUCACAAGACACAUAUGAUCCAAUUCAGUUCAUUGAUGUAAUCAUUGAUAAUUAUAAUAUAUUUAGCUCUAUAAUAAGGCAAUACUUUUCAAAUAAUUACGAGUUGAAUAUUUGUAAAGAUAAGACAUUUAAGGAGUUUUUCAAUAAUGCACCGAUAUUCACUUCAGAUCCCAAUAUGAAGUGUGCUGAAUAUCUUUCCAGAUAUAUCAACCAUCUUCUUAAAGGUUCUAGUAGACCUACACUAAAUUGCUAUUCAGAUAAUUUGGAUAUUGAAUCGAGAAUGGAUUAUGCUGUUUAUUUGUGCAGAUUGUUAAAUGAUGUCGAUGUUUUCAUUCAAUAUUAUAAGGUUUUACUCGCUAAACGAUUGUUAAUUUUUAAAUAUGAAGGUGAAGCAACACAAGAAGAGCUGGAGUAUACAAUGAUAACUAAACUGAAAAAAGUGUGUACCUUUGGCCACAUUUACAAAAUCCAAACCAUGUUGAAUGAUUUAAAUAAUGCAAAAUCAUUAGCCGAGCGAUUUACAAAGUGGAAUGAAAAUGGAGAGGCAAGAAUACAAUUCACUGCUAAAGUACUUACGAAAGGGUAUUGGCCUCUGAAUAAUUCAUCACUCAUUACACCAAGUAAUGCUUUUUGUAUUCCCACAACAAUUAGUGAGAGAAUGAAUUCAUUCACAGAGUAUUAUUCAAAACUCUAUAAUGGAAGACAUUUAACCUGGUUGAAUAUUCUUUCAAAAGGUGUUGUAAGAGGUCAUUUCACAAACUCUUCAAUGCCUUACUAUGAUAUUACUGUUUCCCUUAUUCAAUUAUCUAUUUUUUUACAAUUUAAUAAUGGAGAAAAUUCUAAAACAAUACAAGAUUUGAGUCUGGCAGUUGGUAUUCCAAUAGAAGAGUUGAUCCAAACUCUUGUUCCUAUUAUUAAUUUUAAAAUAUUUACCUCUUCUUCUGCUAUUACCAGUUUAGAUCAAAGCAGUAUCAUAACAAUCAAUGACAGUUUUAACUAUCAAAGAAAUAAGAUUUCUCUUUUCCAACACUCAAUCAAGCAAUACUAUGAAGAGGGAAAAUCCAAUCCAGCCAACCAAAAAAUUCUAGCACAAAUCAAGGAGGAUAGAAAAUAUACACUACAGGCUGCAAUAGUGCGUAUUCUAAAAACUAGAAAACAAAUUGAACACAAACAAUUGGUGAAUCUAUUGCUUGCUCAACUCUCUUCAAACUUUAAACCAACAAAUAGUGAUAUUAAGAGAGCUAUUGAUUCUCUCCUCCAACAAGAAUACAUCAAAAGAGUCAGUGAGGAUUCGAGUUGGUAUCAAUAUAUUGCCUAA